GUUCACCGACACGUCACAAGAUCAGGCCGAUCUAUUUAAAUAGCACCAAGUUGUUCAAACAGGCACAGCAAACCUCAGCAGAGCUACACCAAUGUUACCAACGGCAGGAACAAAAGCAGCCUUAGCAACCCUGAAACAGGUGGUUUGUUCAAUGCCUUCACACUGCUCCCAGUCUUUGCUACACCGUACUACACCCUCAGACACCAUGGUUGAACACGAGGAUCUGGAGUGUGUGGUGUGCUUCAAUGAGUACGCUCGCAGAGGCCGUGUCCCACGGGUGCUGCACUGCGGACACACCUUCUGUGCGCCCUGCCUGGAGCAGCUGUCCCAACUGCAGGGGAACCUCCGCGGCGUCUCUUGCCCUCUGUGCCGCAGGAUCACGUGCACCAUGGCCAGCCUGUCCCUGCCUGGUGCCCUGUCGGUCAACAUGGAGAUCUGGGACCAGAUAGUGGAGGAGAAGGUGGAGGAGAGGUUGCAAGCGUCGGCCCCGGUGGAGGAUUUAAGCUACACUGAGACACAACUCAUCCAGUCGGCACUCCCUGUUUCAAAAAAGUCUGGUGGCAAGACCUUAUUCAAGAAGAUGGUCCGCUGUGUGCUGCAGCAGCGAGAGAUGGACGGGGGUUGACAUAACAGCAUAAGAAGAAAUGACAGAGGAAUCUCUGUUUCGCCUAACGUUUCAACUGAAUGGCCCAUGGAUGUAUGAAAAGGGACCUGAUGAAUGUUGCGUCGGCAGGACUACAUUAAGUUUGCAGCGAGACCACGGUUAUUACUGAUGACAUCAGUGGCCGGCUUGAGGAGUCAACAACCUGAUGAUUCAUUUAUGAUUUACCUAUUGUUACAACACGUAUUUAUAUUUAGAUAAGAAAUUUGAACUAAAUAUGGAUUUGGUUGUUUUGAUUAUGGUCAAGAAAAAUGUGUUUCAUCAUAUAUUUGGAAAUGUACAAAUCACAAACCCAACUUUACUUUAUGUCCUAUGUACAUAGAUAUACAUGUCCUACCUGCACACAUAGUGCACAAAAGCUGAAGCUGUGAAAAUUGAAACCUUAUUUAAUACAUUUAAAUAUGUAAUUUAUUUAAUUGGUUAGUUGUUUAUGUCAAUCUGAUUGUUGUUCUACGCACUACUUCCCAUUAACAUUGCUUUGUUGGAAUGGUUCAUCUGUGUAGUUUAGGUUUAUUUUCAUAAUGCAAAAAAAAAGAGCUGUGAUUUUUCGUAAAAUACAACUGCCUUUUUUUUUUUUGCCAAGAGAUAUUUUCUGUGUGAAAAAAGUGUUUCCGUUUGGGAGAUUAAUAAUAAUGUUCGAGUUACCAUAAAUGAUCGGCAUUUAAAUAAAGUUGUUUAAAAAUA